AUGAAGGAGAUCAAGACAGAGAUCAUCAACACUCCAAAGCAGAUCGGCGAUCUAGUCGACUGGCUCGUCUUGCGUCAUGCACCUCCUGAGCCGUACGAGCCAACGAUGAAUCCAACCUUACGCGUUUACGUCAUCGAUGUGUAUUCUCUCGGCCUACAAACAUUCAACACCACCGGCACCAAAGGCCGAACGCUUAAAGAUGUUUUAGAAGACGAAAAGAUUCCAAAAAUCCUUUUCGACGUCCGCAACGAUUCUGAUGCCUUAUUUGCACAUUUUGGCGUAGCACUACAGGGCGUCCAGGAUCUCCAGCUGAUGGAGAGCGCUACAAGGACGACGACAAGCUCUAGAAAGUAUCUGCACAGCUUAGCCAGGUGUAUUGAGCAGCAUGCACUCCAUAGCGAGGAGCUUACAAGCUGGAAGCGAGCGAAAGAAAAAGGCAGACGACUUUUCAGAUCGGAGUACGGCGGCUCCUACGAGAUUUGUGUCCCAGCGUCCGAGAAUGCCCAGUGUGCUGACUACUUCUUCGCGCAUUAAGCUGCCACCACCCAUCAGAGUUCUCGAGUACCGCUUCCUGCUCCUUCAGCACUUCGACUUUCUCCGCCAAGAUGUCUGGGUGCUCCUCCACAUUUCUUUGCAAAUAUUGGUUGAUUUACAACUGUCGAAAUUGGGUGCGCAUCAAUCGGUCUGCGUGUCCAGAGUGCGCGGUAUGUCACCAACGUACUCAUAGACUUCCGCCGCAUGUUGCUAAGUCGCUGACACUGAGCGCGCAGGCCAUGGGGAGAGAUAGUGACCCGCCGCCUAUGGAAGGCUAUCGGCAGGUGCGGGACCAACACUACAGGGACCAGUUGGAUGACCAUCUGGACAAACGGGGCCUGGGGGAUAUGAAAAAUUACGUACGGUAAUCAUCCGGCUCGCUGGAAGACCUCACAUCUCGUGGGGAAAUUGUGACCGUCAAUGCGAG